AUGUCAAGUUUCGUCUUGCCUCGGGAAAAGAACAAAACUUUACAGAUGUUGCCCACUCUGGAAGAAGCCCUUGGCAGUCGCGAAACUCUUCGUGUUCACCACAUCGCGGCCAUCGACGCGGAAGUUUUGGAAGAAGGCUACAACGACGAUAACAGGUUCUGGCACAAAGUACGACUAUCUGUCAAGAAUAUAUCAACCUGGUACUCCAGGUCCGGCCUUCCGAUUGUUUUCUAUGAGUAUGACUUGCGCGAACUGUGGUAUAAGUUGAUCCAAGGUGCAAAAAUCGCGGACGCGAAGCACCUCGCUCUAGACCGGCUGGCAGCCGAAGUUUUGCACGCCCGUGAAAUGGGUACCCUGUCUCGCAGGAUUGUGGCUCCAGUCAUAGAGUCCCAUGAAGAAGCGUCAAAUCAAUGGAUCCAGGAAGAAGCAUUGACAUCCGACGGCAAGAUUUGGGCUGACCUGCCCUUCCUCCUCGAAGAAAUAUGA